GGUACCUACUCACAUGUGAGGUAAGUACCUGGAACCUUGUAAGUAUGCGUGUACAAUACAAGCGUACGUUAAUGUAAACCGUACCUUAAUUACAUAGCAACUCGCUCGCACCGGUGGACAUUCUUUGCACUGAUUCCGGCCAAAUUUCCUGUUCCUAGUCUGACGCCUUCUUCUCCCACACCAACAUUAAAAAAGAAGAGGACUAAGCAAAAGAGGUUUUAUUCUCCAAAUUUUUGAAACUAACGUUCAAGUUCAUUGGUUAAAGACUGAAGGAACUUGAUUCUGGUCUGACGAUCCACCUCCACCUCGGGUUCCUUUGGCCUUUGGUUCUUUUUUAUGCCUGCACGUCUGCACGUUUCGCCGCUUUUCUACUUCUUUUCUCAUUCCCGUCUCAACUAAAAUCUCCCGCAUUCCGUUUUCUUGGCCUCUUUUUCUAUCGUUCGCGUAAUUUGUCAACAAUAACAACAAACACUCGUUAUCAUCACGGAUACACUUUCGUUAUCGUUUUACUUUUUCAUUUCGGUGGUAUCUUCCAAAAUUCCGAGUUUUGACUUUUACUUUAUUUUUAUUGGUCAUCCGGUCGUUCUCGGAAUCUUUCUAGCUUAGGACCGCAGAACACCAGCCGCCGUCACGAUGUGGACGCCCUCGGUCGUCUCAUAUCUCACCUUGGGACUUGGCGUCCUCUCUGGCAGCGCAUUAGCUCAGAGCUACAAUGACAUCCCGCCCAUCAAGGCUGUAGGCCAGCACUUUUUCUACUCCAACAAUGGUUCCCAAUUUCUUCUCAAGGGCGUAGCUUAUCAGGAGGAUUACAACCCCAAUGGUACUGCCAACAACGUUGGCGACAGCAAGUACACUGAUCCGUUGUCCGACGCUGACAAGUGUAAACGAGACAUUCCUGUCAUGAAGAAAAUCUUCACCAAUGUAAUCCGAGUAUACGCUAUCGAUCCUACUAAGGACCACGAUGACUGUAUGGAGCAGCUGGCCUCCAAUGACAUUUACGUUAUUGCCGAUCUUGGCGAGCCUGGUACUUCCAUCGACAGCGACAACCCCGAAUGGAAUGUCGGUCUCUACACGCGUUACACUGCUGUUAUUGACUCUCUUAGCAAGUACAAGAACGUGAUUGGCUUCUUUGCUGGCAACGAAGUCGUGGAGAAGCAGAAUCAGACAUCGUCUGCUGCUUUCGUCAAGGCAGCUGUACGAGACACGAAGGCCUACAUCAAGCAGAUGAACUACCGUGAUACUUUGGGUGUUGGUUACGCAACCGCUGAUGUCCCUAGCAGAGAUGAGCUGGCUCAUUACUUUGCCUGCGAGCCUGAGGAUGGUGUCUCUACGUCGAUUGAUUUCUGGGGCUACAACGUUUACUCUUGGUGUGGAGACAGCAACUACGAGAUAUCUUCAUAUGGUACCCGCGUCGAUUUCUUCAAGGAUUACCCCGUCCCUGCUUUCUUCGCUGAAUACGGUUGCGUUGAUGGCGUCCCCAAGGGCCACAGGCCUUUUACUGAGGUUGCCGUUCUCUACGGUAACAUGACCUCUGUCUUCUCUGGUGGAAUCGUCUACGAAUAUUUCGAAGCGGAAAACCACUAUGGUUUAGUCUCUAUUGAUGGUGACAGCGUUAGCCCGUAUCCCGAAUACACUUCGCUUUCUUCUCAGUUGGCCAAGGUUACACCAUCUCUCACCCAGUCGAGCGCGUACACGCCAUCUAACACCGCCCCGGCCUGCCCCAAGGUUAGUGGCACGACAUGGGCUGCUGCUGCUUCGCCUCUUCCUCCUUCGGUCAACCCCCAGCUUUGCGAGUGUGAAGUUGCUAGCUUGCAAUGCAACGUCGAUUCCGAUGAUGAGGAUUCGUACGCGAGUGUGUUCAACUACAUCUGUGGUGAGAAUGAAGAUUACUGCAAGGGAAUUGCCCAUAACGCUACUACUGGCACUUAUGGUGCUCUCGGUGGAUGCUCUCCCAAGCAGCAACUCGCUUUUGUGGCCAACCAGUUUUAUCUGAACAGCGACAACAAGGCUAGCGCCUGUGACUUCAACGGAUUGGCUAAAACUCAGAGCCCCCAGACCUCAUCCGGGUGCUCGGCUUUGAUCUCGGCGGCUGGUACCAACGGCGAAGGCUCUGUAGUUAGCCCGACUGGACAGCAGGGUACUGCAGCUGCGACCAGUACAUCCGAAGGCGCCGCUAUGGGUAAUAUGGUGGCUCCCGCCUUCUUCAACUAUGGAAAGGCUUUCUUCGUCGCCUACGUGGUCACCGCCCUGGUCUCGGGUGUUGGCAUGUUCGUCCUGUAAGAUAGUAGGUUGAGGAGUGGAAAGUUCUAGCACAUAAGGAGGGAAGGAGUAAUAACGAGUCCGGACGUGUACUAGAGUGGCGUAUUUCUGAACUUGCGCAUGGGGAUAUGAGAAUACCGUAUCCCGUUUUCUGUUAAGAACUGAUACAACUUUUUUUUAUAUUACGAAGGCUUCCGCUUUGUUUUGUGAAGAUGUAGAUGUGAUUCUGUCAAGUCUGUAUAUCACCCUUACCCCCUUUCUGAUGUUGCGUAUGUGAUAUGACCAGUAUGGCUUCCUAUCCCACCGA